AUCAGCAUCAGCAUCGCUCAGAGAGACACACACACACUGAGGGAGAGAGAGAGAGAGAGAGAGAGAGAGCUCCUGGGCUCACAACCUGCUGCUGCCGGCGCUCCUCUCCAUGCAUGCUACUAUGAGGAAGCCACUGGAGUGCUAAAGGUCAUCCGGAUUUCCUGCACAGCAGCAGCAUGUAUUGUGUGUGCUAAGACGUACUAGCUGAGUGUUGCAUCAUGGGUCAGCAAUCGCACCACGUCAUCAGGAAGAAGCUACGUCCAGCACGGGUGCUCGCGCUCCUCCUCGGGAUCUUGGCAAUAAGCUCUGUUUCCUUCUCCACCCUCGGUGCCUUCUUCUCCUCCUCAUCCUCCUCCUUGUGGAGCUCCGCCUCCCAGCUAGAGGAGCCUCAUGGCCCUGCUCCUCACAGGACUCUCCUCUCGGUUAGUAUUACCAACGCAUCAGGGAACCAAGGCGAGUAUCCUGAGGACUUGUUCACGUUGGAACAGCGUCGCCAAGGUGCAGUGAUCCUGCACAUGCUUGGCAUGCUGUACAUGUUCAUCGCAUUGGCCAUCGUGUGUGACGAGUUCUUCGUGCCCGCACUCACGGUCAUCACCGAGAAGCUGGUCAUAUCAGACGAUGUGGCUGGCGCCACCUUCAUGGCGGCCGGAGGAUCCGCUCCUGAGCUCUUCACCUCCAUUAUUGGCGUUUUCAUUUCGCACAGCAAUGUGGGCAUCGGCACUAUCGUGGGCUCGGCCGUGUUCAACAUCCUGUUCGUGAUUGGCAUGUGCGCCGUGUUCUCACGCGAGAUCCUCAACCUGACAUGGUGGCCACUUUUCCGCGACGUCUCCUUCUACAUCCUCGACCUGAUCAUGCUCAUCGUCUUUUUCCUGGACAACUACAUCAGCUGCUGGGAGAGUGUGACCCUGCUGCUGGCCUACGCCACCUACGUGCUCUUCAUGAAGUACAAUGCCCAGGUGGAGGCGCUGGUCAAGGGCUUGAUGAACCGCAACCAGGUGGUGGAGGUGGCCGAGACGCAGCCUAAGCUUAGUCCAGUGCCAACGGAGGAUGACAGCAAGCUGUCGGCCAAGCCAAGGCUGCAGAGAGGUGGAAGCUCGGCGUCUCUGCACAACAGCCUGAUGAGGAACAGCAUCUUCCAGCUCAUGAUCCACACGCUAGAUCCACUUAGCGAAGAAUUCGCUGACUCUGAGCUGGGGACUUAUGGCAAGCUAAAAUAUUAUCACUCAAUGACCGAAGAAGGAAAGUUCCGUGAAAAGGCGUCAAUCCUUCACAAAAUUGCCAAAAAGAAAUGCCAAGUGGAAGAUGCUAAUGGAGUGGCUGAUAAGAACCUACCGAAUAGCUCCAGCGUGGAGGUGGAAGUUUCUCCACCUCUGAAUGGCACUGCGGGCCAAGAGGGCGACGCGGGUGACGAAGACGAUGAGGAAGAUCAGCCCCUGAGCCUGUCGUGGCCCGAGAGCAGCCGUAAGCGAUUCACGUAUCUCUUCCUCCUCCCCAUCGUCCUCCCGUUGUGGAUCACGCUGCCCGACGUCCGUAAACCCUCAUCCAAGAAGUUUUUCCCCGUCACGUUCCUGGGCGCCAUCUGCUGGAUCGCUUGCUUCUCCUACCUGAUGGUGUGGAUGGCUCACCAGGUCGGCGAGACCAUCGGCAUCACGGAGGAGAUCAUGGGGCUGACGAUCCUGGCAGCUGGAACCUCCAUCCCAGAUCUCAUCACCAGCGUCAUUGUGGCCCGGAAAGGUCUGGGGGACAUGGCUGUGUCGAGCUCGGUCGGCUCCAACAUCUUCGACAUCACCGUAGGGUUACCGUUCCCGUGGCUCAUGUACACUUUGGCAAACGGUUUGCAGCCCGUGGCGGUGAGCAGCAACGGCCUCUUCUGUGCCAUCGUGCUCCUCUUCCUCAUGCUCAUUUUCGUCAUCAUCUCCAUCGCAGCCUGCAAGUGGAAGAUGAGCAAGCUGCUGGGCUUCAUCAUGUUCCUCCUCUACAUCGUCUUCCUGGUGGUCAGCGUCAUGCUGGAGGACAAGAUCAUCAUCUGCCCCGUUUCCAUCUGACGCACGCGCAUUCCGGUCACGCAGUCCAGCAAAGCACCCUUUCGGCGAAGCUCCGCCCCUUUUCAUCAAGGCAGGAACUUGACAUUGAACCUGAACCUCAGCUGUAGUUCCUUUAAAAGCUACCCCUUUAACACAUCAGUGUCUGUUUUCACCCUGUCUUUUGAAACAUUCCUCAUAUCAACGUAUUAGAGCGUCCUCUCCAGAAGCCUCAUCCAUGUCUAUCCAAACCCUGCUUUCAUCAUAUAAGAGCCCACUUGUUCUUGGCCUUCAACCGGGAUGGCUAGAUGUGUGUGUGAAUUUCUAGAUUUUCUGGAUGCCGGACCUUCUGUAGUGGAGUUUUCUGGAAAGCUAGUUAGCUACUAGUGCUGAGUGAUGCAUCAAAAGCAGAGAAAAAGAACCAUCAAAACCAGUGCAAUUAGUAGAAUAUUCCUAUAUUUAACCUCUAAAUACAUGCUUUCUUUCCAUCAGACAGAUA